AUGGCAUUCACUUCACUGCCGCAUAAUCAGACAAACUGGCUGCCCAUAGCGCACAACACAUCCAGUGAGACUAGCGCUCAUCGGCAAAUCCAAGCCUCGGAUAUUCCAGUGCUUAUUUGCUACGGUCUUAUAGCAGUGAUUGGUUUCGUUUGCAACGGGAUAACCAUCGCAGUGAUGGCGCGCAACCCUACACUUCAUACCAUUUACAAUAAGUUACUUCUAAAUCUUGCCGCAGCCGACCUCAUCUCGAAUAUAUUUUCAAUCGCAAAGAUCAUUAUCAUAUUAUCCGUCAACCAAUCAGGUGGCAUCUCCGACUUAUUUGCAGAGAUAGUGUGUCGUCUCUUCACCACGAUAAUCUAUUUCUGUAUCCUCCUUUCCGUGGUGACGUUGACUGCGAUUGCACUGGAACGUUAUUUUGGUAUCGUUAAACCUCUUGUGCAUCGGAAUAUGACCCCAAAACGACUCACGUAUUUUGUGGUUUUUGCAUGGAUCAGCAGCUUAGUAGCGCCCGCAAUUAUAUCGGAACAAAUGGAAAUGGACAAGACAACAUAUUACUGCUUUCUACGUCCGAACGCAGAAGACUGGCCACAGUGGAAAAUGGUUCUUGGCUGGGUCGGAUUGACCUGUGCUUACAUCAUUCCCUUGAUCGUCAUAACCGUGGUCUAUGUCAAAAUUAUAAUGCACAUGAGGAGACGGAAUCGCAGGGUGAACCUAGCUACGGCAGGUAAUCCUCAAAGCGAGCUUUUGGCGCGGCGAAAAACAAGCAAAUUGGUGCGUCUACUGUUGUUGAUAACAGUGCUAUUCUCCGUCUCUCUGCUUCCAGAGAUUGUCUACUUCGCUAUGAUAUUGACCGACAUACGAUACAUCGAUGCUGCUUUGUUUUAUAAAGUUGGUGUUCCAACUGUCGCUAUCAACGCCAUCAAUCCGCUCAUCUAUACGCUCAGCAACUCCACAUUCCGUAUCGCCGCAGCUCGGCUCAUCCGCCGCCGUUCGCGUCGGGUGAGGCCUGUGACCGAACGUCGGACACGCGGCUGGACGACCAAAACCAAAACUACGGCAUCUUCACAUACAGCGAAGUAAGAAAUGGACUCGAAAACGAUUUUCGAUGAA